GAAGAGAGGCUACGGCCACGCCCUCCACACGACACGCGGGAGGGCUUUAUGAGUAGGGGGCGGGGCAAUCAGCGGUACGUUGAAAAAGAGAGUCCCAUCACUGGACACACCUGCCCCACAGGUGUCCGCAGCGCUUUUACUUUAAUGUAUCUGGCUCCGUGAGUGACUGGAUCAGCAGCAGCUGUCACGGCUCUGACGUGUCUGAGCUGCAGCAGGACUGCAAGCUCGUGACGUCACACACGUGUUUGAGGCUCAGGAGACACCUGGACCUGUGUGCUGGGCUCACCGUGAGUGGGAGGAUUUUCAUGGCGGUUUCAUCUGUGGUUAGUUUGAAAUCACAGAAUCUGCGCUCCAAAAAAAAAGGAAAAAAAAGUGAGGGGAACUCAUUUUCACCGAGGAGUGACUCCUCUUCAAUUCACGCCAUCUUUGAGUCUCUGCGUUGUGACGUCACACCCCCAGCGUCAGGGAGCUCAGUGUGUAUCCGGGUUUCCACAAUAAAACGCCUCCAGCAGCGUGGGGAGCUGCUCACAGCGUCCACAAGGUGCGCGGGUGACUUCCUGUUUGAGCCACAGCUGUGCUCAGGUGAGCUCCUGGUGCUCAUAGGUACGCGGUGUGUCUCCUUAGUGUCCAGCACGUGAGCCCGGCCCAGGUCCACAUCAGCGGGAUCGAGUCCUCCUGUAACAGGUAAAGCUUCCAUCUGCAGCUGGUUCCACUGGUUUUAAUGGGAGUCCAGCAGCAGGCACACGCGGACGCACACAAACACACUCUGACACACAGAAACACUCUGACAUGCACACGCGCACAGACGCGCAGUUCAGAGCUUAAACUGGGUCUGAAGCUACAAACGGCACAAGAAGCGCUGACCCCGCCCCCUGCAGCCCUCAGCUUCCUGCUGCGAGGAGAAGCCCACUGAGGUCAAAGGUCUCCUGCAGAUCUCAGGAUGUCCACCACAUCUCAGAAGCACCGGGACUUUGUUGGAGAGCCGAUGGCGGACAAACCGGUGACGGCUCUGUCAGGCAUCGGAGAGACUCUGGGGAAGAAGCUGGAGGAGAAUGGCUUUGAUAAGGCCUAUGUGGUUCUUGGUCAGUUCCUGCUCCUGAGGAAAGACACGGAGAUGUUCACCGAUUGGCUCAAAGACUCCAUCGGCGCCAACUCUCGCCAGGCCAGCUCCUGCGCUCAGUGCCUGAAGGAGUGGUGUGAUGCCUUCCUCUGAGGUGCCGCCUCUUCACAAAAACCAUACCUGGGUUUGCUCACUUCCUCUUUCUGAGGCUUCUGAUGGCUCUGCUCUGCUGCUGUUAGGUGUUUGAGGUGGACUUCCUGCAGGAGCGCUGUGAUGUCACAGCGGCCUGCCAGGUGUCUGUUUACCUGUUUUAUGAGUUUGUUUCACUGAAGAACGUUUACAUGAAUAAAAGCUUCGUCUCCA